AUGGCCAUCAAGGGAUACACAGUUUUGCGCCGGAAGUGGAAGUCCAGGAAGCCCAUUUGGGCCCUGAUGUUAGCCGAGCUGAUCACCAUGAUUCCACUGCUCGUCCUAUUUGGCAUCGCCCAACCCGAUACCUUCCGAACGCUCAUGUGGAGAAUCGGCUAUGCCGAGAAGCUCAACUCGAACCCCAACAUCAUCCUCUACGCCCUGGCAAAUCAUGAGCCGAUUCCCAAGCUGCCAUUCGUUUGGUCGCAACUACUUACCGAGUUCAAUGUGGCCAUCUCAGUCAUGUCACUCUUCUUCCUGCUGGCGAAGAUGAUCGGCUUCAUCAUGAAAAUCUACUUCCCGGUCAUUGCGGUUGGCUGCAAUAUCGUUAUGACGGCAGUCUAUGCCGUUAGCGUCUACGGGCAGGCCGGUCCCGACUACCUUGACCCUCGGUACCCGAGCCCGACGCCUUGGUAUCUCCGGAGGAGUUGCGACGUAGCCGAGGGGUAUGGCGCUGGCAAAACCUGUAUGAUAAUUCAGGGUACAUUUGCUGCUACUGUCGUCAUGCUCUGCAUUUACGUGAUAAACCUCGGAUGGUCAAUCUUCAACAUGAUACCCACAAAACAUGACAAAACACACGAUGAGGAUGAGGAUGGAGAAGAGUACGCGUCUAGCGACUCGCCCACCGAGGUCAAGACGUGGGAGAUGCAGCCACAGACAGCUGGUCCAGGCGGUGUACCAUUUACCCCUAGGACGCAGGCUUUCCACACCUUAGACAGAAAAUUGCCAUUCAGGGCAUACGCCGAACAGAGGCAGCAGUAUUCUUGA